AUGGCUUCAUCUGUUCCAUCUUCAUCUCGAUCUCGAUGUACAUACGAUGUGUUCUUGAGCUUUAGAGGCGAAGACACUCGCGAUAACUUCGUCAGCCAUAUAUACGCAGCGUUGGCUCUGAAGGGAACUCACACAUUCAAAGACGAUGUAAAGCUCGAAAGAGGAAAAUCUAUUUCUCUGGAACUCUGGAAAGCGAUUCAAGAAUCUAGCAACACAACUGUUUAUCCGAUUUUCUAUCACGUGAAUCCAUCGGAUGUGCGACGCCAAAGAGGGAGUUUUGGGGGUGGAUUUGAGGAAUUGGUGUCCAAACAGCAAGUAUUGGGGAUGGAGAAGGUCCAAAGGUAG